CUUAAAGCAUUGCAGAGCACGCUGAUUAUUCAACCCACCUUUCCCAACUGGACCAUGGUAGCCACAACGAUGCAGAAAAUUCAACAACGCCGUCAGGAGCUGUUUAACAUUGCCGAUCGUGACAUGGAGAGUAACCAGUUUGCUGCUUCUUGUCUCGAAGCACUGGAAAGCGUAGCAAAGACCUACGAUCGACAUUAUGAACGCUUUGCCGGCAUGACCACCAUCAGCGGACGGUUGUUUCGCCACUACUUUGCUAACUCGACAUUUGACCUGGCUUCGAAGACCGUACGGUACAGUGAAGGCCUCCGCGUCAGCGAAGUGCAGAUACUAGGUUUUGAUGCAGCAUCCAGCGUUUUCAAGGUGCUUUUCACAAUGAACAGCAAAGACAAGAUCUUAGGCAGCACCGAUUCGGGCUUUAUCUGGAUGAACGGGAGCGCACCUUUGGAUCGGCCAAAAUGCGGUCUCCGCAACGAUUUAUGUUUGGAUCACUCCGUGACCUAUGGCAGCGUCAUAACCGCGAUAGGGAUUACCUUAUUGUUCGGCAUAGCGGUUUUUUACGCUGCCCGGCGAAAGUGUGGCACGGAGUACGGCGGGGAUGCCUGGUGGAUCAUCUCACCCCGGGAACUGGCAUUUGACGACGAAUGGCCAAUCUCAGUAGCCAAAAGCCAUGUUGCCGAACGGCUACGCGUGCCAUCAUCGUUCUCCGCCGUGAAGAGCAAUGUCGGCCGCACUGCGAAAUUGAGGAGUACCAAAUGCUGGAUCACGAAGAUGGAUUACCCUGCCACUGGGCGGGUGAUGUCGUAUAGUGAAAUAUCGAAAAUUAUGAGCACGGCGCGGGGACUACGUCACACUAAUAUCAACGCAACAUUCGGAUUAUGCUUAGAAAAACCAUGCAUAGUGGAGGAUUAUGUGAGUCGAGGUUCCCUGGCGGAUUUCCUAGCGGAUGCCCAUCGAAUGGACAGUGAACUUAUGCUGUCCUUCAUCACCGAUUUAACCCUGGGUUUGCAUUUCCUCCACAAAUCGGCGCUGCAUUUUCAUGGCAGUCUCCGGUCGACCAAAUGCUUACUCAACCAAUGGUUUUCACUACGCAUCGGCGACUGUUUGAACGACAAAAUCAACGGUGCUUCGCUACGGGUUAGUGCGCGUGCCAACCAAAAUGUGGUCUAUGCCAGAAAGCUCCUGUGGACCGCACCAGAAGUACUGCGGAAAGACAAGCCCAAGAGUGCCGCUUCCGAUAUUUAUUCUUUGGGCAUUAUGACCCAUGAGAUUCUCUAUCAACUUGGACCGUUUACGCUGGGUCCGGUGGCUGACAUCUCUCGCUUGGCAGCCCUCGAUGUCAUCACCAAGGUCAAACAAACCACUGCAGCUGACCGCAUGUUUCCCUGCCGUCCGUUCGUGCCGGUGCUGACCGGCUCCGCACAGACAGACCGACUAGUCAGACUAAUGCAGCAGUGUUGGGACGAACAGCCGGAAUGUCGGCCAAAAAUCGCACAGAUUAAACAAAGUAUCAGCAACAUCUUACAAGUGGAGAGUUUAGACACGGCAGCGUCCCUGAUUGAUCGCUUGAUCAAACGCCUGGCCAGCUAUCACGCUGAGCUGGAACACUUGGUCACAGAGCGCACCCAAGAAUAUGUAGCCGAAAAACGAAAAAGCGAUUUAAUCCUGCUAGAGAUCUUUCCAAAGUCGGUGUUCGAACGGUUGCGCUGUGGUAUUUUCGUGACGCCAGAGAUUUACGACAGCGCCACGGUUAUGUUUUGCUCCGUUCUGGGAUACGAGCAGGUUUUAGCUACGGACUCCGUCGCCAGGUUCACUGAGCUACUGGAUAAAGUCUACACGGCAUUUGACUUGGCGCUGCGCUCUUUCGAUGCUUACAAAAUGGAGACCAUCGGAGUAACAUAUAUGGUUGUUAGCGGAGUGCCAGAUCGCAACGGUCACCGGCACUGCGAAGAAAUCUGCCGAGUGGCGCUGCAGUUCCGUGCGCUCUUUCUGAAACUGUAUUUUAACGGACCAAUCCAGCUACGAUGUGGAAUCGAUUCCGGACCAGUUGCGGCUGGAAUCGUCGGACAGAAGCGACCGCGAUACUGUUUAUUUGGUGACACCAUCAACUGCGCCUCGCGUAUGGAUAGCAGCGGUACUGGCGGAUUUAUACAUCUUAGUGAGACGGCCGCUGAUUUGGCGGCAUGUGCCGGACUGCGUGUCCGCCCUCGUGGCACGGUUUCUAUCAAGGGCAAAGGUGAAAUGCGGACGUUUUAUCUGGAUUGACCAAAAUUUUGUAUGGCAGAGUUGCCUGAAUAGGCGCUCAAGAAUUAAUUUGGAGUUCACUAGAAAUCGUCACGGCAGACAUUAUGGCUUCGAUUUUUGAACGUUUGUGAAUAACUUAAUUAAUUAUUUGCGGCACAGCAAG